UUUACAGCCGUGAUGGAACAAAAGUGAACUUCAAUAUUGUUCUAAUUGCCACUGUUAUAUCUGUUUUGAAACCGUUAAUCUUAUUGUGAUUUUAUAAUUGUUGUUUUGUCAAUAUCACGGUGCCUUGUUUUCAUAACAUUCAAUUCUUCAUUGUCUUUGAUUUAGUUAACAUUUUUGUGUAAGUAGAAUAAUGUCAAUAAGCUCUGGUUCAGAUUUGUCCGAUUAUGAAGACAUUACUGAUACAUAUAAAGUAGAAGAAGACACUACAACUUUAAAAGUUAUACAUGGAACCCAACAUAAAGUGUUAUGGGAAACAUCUGAAGACUAUGCUACUCCUUAUAUUAUAUUAUCUACAAAAAGAUACAAUUGUCACCAUGGUUUCGAUCGGAACGCUACUGCAAAAAGGAAGCAUAAUGAAGCAAAAGAAAAUUAGCUAAAGAUUCUCCUAUUUUUACAAUUCGCAUCGUUGUCAAAUAAAUUUAUGUUCACUUUGGCUAUUUUUUUUUAAAGAAAGUGGAUCAUUUAUACAUAACUGAUUAUGUUAUCAUACAAGAUACUAAAAAAUUUAAUUGUCCUGCAAAAGCCAUUAUGAAAGAAGUGGUAUAUUUCACUGACUUCAAGCUUAUUAAUUCCAGUAAUUAUCGCAAGAAGCAACAGUCAAAAGAAAUAAAAUAUUCGUUGCUACAAAAAAAGGAUGUGGUAAUUAGUCGAAAAAUUAUUGUUGAGACUGCUUAAAUGAUCACAAAAAUCACCCUCUUGGCAAGGUAUUAAUGCUAGAGUUUUCUUAACUGCGUUUAAAUAGUCUUAUUUUAACUAUAACCAAUAGUUUUUGUAUAUUCAUAAAGUACCUACACACAACGGUGGCGACGUUAAAUCCUAAAUUGGGGCAUGUGGACUUUUUAGUCGUUGUGAAGGCCACUCACCUAUGAAAAAAGAAUCUCUAAUAUAAAACUCUGAUAUUUGUUUUAAUUAGCUUUUAUAACAGUAAAUCUUUUUAACGUUUCUUAGAUUGAGCUAUUCUCACAAAAAAUUGAUCCACGCUUAUCAGUUAAAAUUUCUGAAUACAUUAAAGAUGGUGUUUCUAAUGUGCGUGAGAUGAGAAGACUUUUAAAUAUUACUGUCAAUGAAAUGUUUGGAAAGAAAAAUCUUCCUUCUAGAACCAACAGAAGAUUUUAUCCAAGAACUGACAUAAUUUGUUCCCACAUGGUCAAAGAGCGUCUAAAGCAAAGAUAAUAGAGUUUAAAAAAUGCAAAAUAAAUAAAUUUUGAUGUUGCAAAUAUUAUAAUAUGUAGGACUAUUUAAGAGAGGUUUUAGGUGUUUGUUAAAUAUUAAAGAUAACUUCAGUCAUUCAUUCAUUUAAUCAAUCUUUUUAAUCAACCAAUUCAAUCAAUUAAUCACUCAAUCAUAUAAUUAAAAACAACAACAAAGGUAUGUUACUAAUUUUUAUAAUUUAAUAUUUCAUUUUCUAAAGCAGACAAUAAAAUUUAACGUUUUAGAUCGACCAAGACUGCUUAGAAAUCAAAAUAAAAGAAUGGAAAGAAGCUGACUUAUUUGCCAAUAUCUAUUUUUGACCUAAAGAACGGGGUAACAGUGCUGAGCUCUUGUUUGUAUACCAAGCAUUUUGGCAAAAAAAAACUGCUAAAAAAAUAUGGGAAUGAGAUGUUGUUUUUGGAUGCAACAUACAAAACGACACGAUAUUGUUUACCUUUGUUUUUUUUGGUUGUCAAAACAAAUGUGGAUUAUCAAAUUGUAGCAACCUUUGUAAGCGAAAGCGAAACUUUUGAAUCGAUAUCUGAAGCACUUGUUAUCUUAAAUUCUUGGGAUGAAGAGUUGCAACCUCUUUAUUGCAUGACUGAUUAUUGUAAUGCUGAGAUACGUGCUCUCGAAACUAUUUUUAUUGGAUGUAAGGUAUUUAUAUGUGACUUUCACAGAGAACAGUCUUGGGACCGUUGGCUAAAAAAGCUAUCAAGUGGUUGCUAUAACAGAAAAGAUGAUAUUUUACGUAUUUUAAGACGACUCGCUUGGUCAAAGUCAAUUGACGAGGAAGAAAAUGCUCAAAGAAUAUUGGAACAGUCUGAAUUUUGGAGUCAAGAAAGCUUUACUAAGUUUAAACAAUAUAUAGAAAAGUAUUGGCUCCCAAUUAAAAAAAGGUGGGUUUGGUGGUACAGGCAAGAUCGUCUUUUUAUCAAUUGCAAUACAAACAAUGGUGUGGAAAGGCAGAAUGUGUCUUUUAAAUAUACUUAUUUACAGCGACAUAAAAACUCAUCAUUGACUGGAAUGUUAACUUUGCUUAUUGAUGACUUCUUCAUUGAUAAACUUGACAGCUAUACUGAUUCCAACUUUAAAAUGGAUGCACGUUACAGAAGGUAUGCACGUUGGGUGCCAAGUUAUCUUUACAACCGUCCUCAUAGCUUUGUUAAACAUUGCCUAAUAAAAAAAAGUAACGUUGAGAAUCUUGAUUUGUCCGGAGUAAUCAUGAUUAAACAUGGAGUUUUUGCUGUAUUAAGUUCUACCAAGCCAGCUACUAAAUAUUUUGUAUCAUUUGGUGAUGAGAUUACAAUGCCAAAAUGUACUUGUUUAAAUUGGAUAUCAACUGCAUAUCCAUGCAAACAUUUUUUUUUAGUAUUUAGAAAGUACCCUGCUUGGUCAUGGAGUGCUUUGUCAUCAUUAUAUCUUAACUCACCAAUCUUAAACUUAGAUGCUGAUGAUUACGAAGCAUCACACAAAAAACCACCAUUUAGUAGGCCGGAAAGUUCAAUUCUACCUAAAAAAGAAUUAGAUGUCAUUAAAGAUUGGAAUGAAAAAUCUAAAAAAAUUACAAGUGUUUGCUCUGGAGUAAAUGUUAGGGAAAUGCUUACAAUAAUUCAAAACCUAACAUAUGAAUUUGAGGAAAAUUCAGAAGAAAUUGUUCUUGUUUAUAGCACUCUUGCUUCUCUCAUUAAAAAACUUGAAAAAAAUAGAACUAAAGAAUCAGGAAUUCCGCUUUCUCCAUUGGAUAUCAAGUUGCCUUGUCAUUUAAAAAGGAACAUUCCAAUUCCUGUUCGUAAACCUAUGAAGCUUCCUACUGAUCGCGUAGGUAAUCACAAAGAUAUGGUUAUUGCAUCUUCUAAAAUAUUUCUAGAGGAAAAAAAACACAAAACCGAGCCGAUUGAGGUCGACAUUAUUAAACAUAUUGAUGAAAAUAGUAUAAUUAUUGAUGAUGAGUCAGUUACUAUUAAUGAAAAUGAUGGAUUCGAGAUAAAAAGACUAAACCAUUUAUCACCUAACUGUAAUCUCUCUUCCAAUGAUUUGAACGAUAUUUUAACAAACCAAUUGUUAUCUGACAUUGUAAUCCACACCAUGCAAAAGAUGAUCACAGGUGUAGGCGGUCUCCAAGACCCAGUUCUUGGACAAAAUCUAUCGUUCCGUGUACAAAAAACAUCUUUUGUCCAAGUGUUGCAUGAUGGCGAUGCCCACUGGUUGGCUAUAAGUAAUUUUGGAUGUUCUGUUAGUGAAGUUUUUCUUUUAGACAGUUUUUUUCGUGGAAAAGUAAAAAACCAUGUGGUUAGGCAAAUUUGUGCUAUUAUGCAUUGCAAUGAAGAUAUAUUAACUGUCCGCGUUGUACCGGUGCAACAACAAACAAAUUAUGUUGAUUGUGGUUUGUACGCAUUAGCCUUUAUAAAACAUAUUACCGAUACUGGAUCAAAUUCAAGUUACGUUGCUUUUGACGCUUUUCAAAUGAGAAAUCAUUUGCUAAAAUGUGUGAAAGGCAAUCAGUUUACUGAGUUUCCAAAGUCCGAAACAGCUAUGCUGUUUCGGACUUUUCUGCAAAGAAAAAAAAUUCAAUUUUUCCUUGUACUGCAUUUGUAGACAAGUCUGGUUAGCUUCGGAUAGUUGUAUUAAAGAUAGACAUAUGGUGCAAUGCGGAAUAUGCGAAAAUUGGUAUCAUCGCGCUUGAGAACGUAUCCCUGAUUAUGUUUUGUCAUGUUCAAAAUGCAGCUCUAUGUUAUAAAAUGUUUUUAUUAUUUUAGUUAUUAUUUAGUUUCGUAAAAAUCCUAAUUUAAAAAAUGAUUUGUUAAUAAUACAAACAAAUCAUUAUACUGACUCCAUAUUUGUAGAUGUAUUUUAUUUAUCCUUUUUCUUUGUUCGCGUUGAAACGAAAGUUGAAUAUAAUUCAACAACAACAGUUUAACACUUUAUUAAUUUUUUAUUUGAGUAGAAAG